AUGGCAUUCGACUUAUCUAAAAUUGUUAGGCCAAAAAUUUACAACUUGGAGCCUUACCGUUGCGCACGUGACGAUUUCAAGGAAGGUAUUCUUCUGGAUGCAAACGAAAAUGCUCAUGGCCCAACCCUAAGGGACGUGGGUCCUGAAUCUCAAUUGCACCGCUACCCAGAUCCUCAUCAAAUUGAAUUCAAAACGCGCAUGGCAAACUUACGCAAUGCAGGGUCUAUCUACAAAGAUCAAAAUAUUCCACCUCUGACCGCAGAAAACAUAUGUUUAGGUGUGGGUUCCGACGAAAGUAUCGACGCUCUGAUCAGAGCGCUUUGCGUUCCUGGUCAAGAUAAGAUUUUGAUCUUGACUCCAACUUAUGGUAUGUACUCUAUUUGUGCAGACAUCAAUGAUGUGGAGGUCGUUAAAUGCCCUCUUGUGGUUGAAGACAACUCCUUUCAAAUCGACACCCUAAAGGUGAUUGAAACUCUGCAAAAUGAUCCAUUCAUUAAGUUGGUCUACAUUACAUCACCUGGUAAUCCUACUGGUGCGUACAUUGAGUCUGAAAGACUUGAAGCUGUCCUGUGCAAUUGGCAAAACGGGUUUGUUGUUGUGGAUGAGGCGUAUAUUGAUUUUUGCUCUAAAGGUGGAUCUGCGGCGCCCUUAGUCAAUAAGUUUCCUAAUAUCGCGGUUCUGCAAACGUUGUCCAAAUCCUUCGGGCUAGCUGGUGUACGUUUGGGUGUUACCUUCACAUCAAAACCCUUCUCUCGUGUUCUUAAUGCUAUGAAGGCUCCUUACAACAUCUCAGGUUUAACAUCUGAGCUUGCUUUAAAAGCUCUAGAACCGGAAAAUGUUGCAAUCAUGCAAUCAAAGGUGAAGGAGAUUGUCAAUGAAAGGCAACGCGUACUAGAUGCCUUGACUUCCUUGGAAAAUAUCGAAGAUCAGCAAGUGGGUGGGUUGGAUGCAAACUUCAUAUUGGUCAGAAUUAAAGGAGGUGAUAAUGAUCUAGCCAAGAAACUGUACUAUAAAUUGGCCACCGAGUCAGGCGUAGUUACGAGAUUUAGAGGUACAGAAUAUGGAUGUGCAGGAAGUCUCAGAAUUACAAUAGGUACUCCAAAAGAAAAUGAUAUUUUAAUAAGGGAAUUCAAGAAGACUUUGAGCGAUUUAACGAGAUAG